GACGCGCCCGUCGAAAGUAUAAAGUAUCGUGAUUUUAGUAAAUGCGUAAAAUUACGAUUUAUUUAAUACUUAACUUAAUAAUUGUACAGAAUAAGUUCAGAAAUAAAAAAUGUCCUCCAAUCGAGAGGUUGUGUCCUUACAGUUUGGCAACUACGCGAACUACAUUGGAGCACAUUGGUGGAAUAUUCAGGAGUCCAGUUUCAAUUAUAAUCCUGAUCACGGUCCUUCUGAAAUAAAUCAUGACGUGUUAUACAGGGAAGGAGUAAAUUUGAACAAGCAAGUUACUUACACUCCACGUUUACUACUUGUAGAUUUGGAUGGUUCCCUAAAGCAUCUACCACGGGAGGGUGAACUUUAUGGCAAUAGUAUUAAACGUACACCACACAGCGAUGCUAAUAGCGAAGAUGCUGUAAAGAAAAUCAAAGAAGACCUCCAAAAUAUGAGCACAGACUUAGAAGUCGUGCAGCAGCCGCAAGCUCCGAAGCACGAGUUUCAGAAAGAUCUCGAAAAUCCUGUUGUCAAUAUUCAAGAAAAGGAGUACAAUUUAACAGACGAUGUAGAAACAUGGACAGACUAUCUUUAUGCACGCUACCACCCACGCACUGUAAAUGUAGUCAACGAAUAUAAACAUGAUGCAGAGAAGCAAACAUUUGAUACAUUUGCUUCUGGUGUACAGCUUUGGAAAACAGAAAAGUUCGAGGACGAAUUUUGUGAUAAAAUACGCCAAUACGUAGAGGAAUGUGACUUUUUGCAGGGAUUCCAAACUUUAUUUGACUGCUUCAAUGGGUUCUCGGGAUUAGCCACAGAAUGUCUAGAGCACCUGAAUGAUGAGUAUGGCAAAGCCAAUUUUGCGAUUCCAGUGUACUCACCUCGAAAUACGCUAUUUAAAAAUGCUGAUGCGGCUAUGACAGACUCCAUAAGGGUAGUAAACAGCGCAUUGACGUUCCACAAAUUAAGCGAGCAAGCAUCGUUGUUUGUGCCGCUGGGGACAUGUGACCGCGUUUGGCGACAGUUUGGCGCAGCACGUCAGCUACCGGCACUUAAUUAUCAAGCAGAUAAUUUGUAUCAAACUUCUGCCGUGCUAGCCGCAUACUUAGACACAAUCUCGCUACGUUAUCGUUUGCGCAAUGCGCCUGGCGCAUACUCGCUUCCUGCUUUUUGUGGUGAUCUAAAUAAUUAUGGACGUAAAUUGGCUGCUGCCGCUUUUGCGUUGCCUUUCGCCAUGCAGCAUGACCAAUACUUAAUUGAUUGCUUGGACAAGUUUGAAGGUCCAAUAUUCACAUCACUCACACCAAAUUGCAGCAUUGGCACUGAUUAUAUUAUACAGUCACUCUGUGUGCGUGGUAUACCGCGCGAACGUCUCAAGCGACCAUUGGAGAAGGCGAAAGAGCAAAUGCGCAUGGCAGCUUAUAAGUGCGAUAGUGUGUCCGAAAUGUUUCAACUAUACCUGCAGUGUGCAAAUCAUGCGAGUAUGGCGCAUGUUGCAUCAAUAUCGAUGGCCAUGCCAACGCGUAUACCAUUUCCAAGUGAAAUAUUCGCUGAAGACGUAACGAAAUUAGGCUUUCUCUCAGCGACAACAAAACGGCAAACCGAUGAAAAAGUGAUCUCUGUGCCGACGCUAGCAGCAGUACAGUCGUCCAGUGAGUUAGGCGAGACUUUAGAAACACUGUACCGCGAAGCAAAACGCGUAAAAAUAGCAAAAUUGCAUCGCUAUAAAGCGGCAGGCUUGGAGCAAGAUGAGUAUGCGGAAGCGCUCGAGCAGUUACUGCUCUUCAAAGACAAUUAUGAAGAUAACUUUGAAUUGUAGCACAAGCAUGAAAACAUUAUAACACAAAAUUUAAACAGUAAUUGGUUUGAUGUUAAAUUCAGAACCCGAAAAACGGAAUCAACUAGUUUUACAUAUAGUGCACUAAAAAUAUUGAGACUAAGCUAGUUACAAUUACAAUACAAUAGCCAUAAAAUAACAAAUAAAAGGUAAGAUAAGUAGAUUAGCAUAGUAGUUAGAUAAAAUUAAAUUUUUUUUUAUUUGGUAGGAUCUGCAAUUUACUUACGAAUGAGUUUCAACCAAAGCUACUUUGAAUUCAAGUUGAAUGGGAGUGAAUUACAGAACCUGCCAGUAUAUCUUAAUUCUCGAAAAACUGUUCAUACAAAAUAAAACACUUACAUUCAUCUAUAAAUUCUGAGAUAGGCCGUUCUUCAACCAAAUUCUGAAUAUGGCGUUCUUGAACAAAUAUUUGAGAUACGGUCUUUCGAAUUGGCUGCCGAGGUAGGUCGAUCUUCCACUCAGUCGUCGUUAUAUAAAAAACAAACAAGAUUCCAAAUGCUGUCUACAGGCCCGACGGGAAGGAGAGGGGAUCGUUAACUUUUUCCCCCGGGCCCGGAGUACACAAAAGAUGUUUAGCAUAAAAAUUAUAGAUUUUCAUGAUGAAAGGAAAGGAUACUACUAAAAAAUUGUAUACACAUAAAACAAGUGAAAUAUUAUUUACUUUCGACCAAUUUAUUGGUUCAGUUGAACUCUUGGAUAGCAACCUCUUUUCUUUAAGUUUUCUUUUCUAGGGGCACUAAACUGUCUGCUUCUCUCAAUCAUGAAAAUUCACUUCAUCCUGAGACACCUUUAAAUUAAUGAAAAUUAAAAAAAACAUGAAAAGAGCAUUGAAAAUAUGAAACUAAUGGGUAGUUUACAUUUAAGGAGCACCAUUUUUAUACCCGAGCGCACAUGUGCACAAUGGUAGUAUAAUUUUGUUUACAU